AUUUAUUUAUGUUCCCAAAUAUUUCGGUCUUAAAUGAAGAGUUUGAUGAAGAUUAACAUCGCUAGAUUGUUGCAUCGUAUUCUGACAUUAAGAAGUUGCUUUCGCCUCCUACAGCCAAGAUUUAAUCUGAUAUUAUUGUUGACAGACAUAAGGCCAAAUCACACACGCAUGGAUUAAUUGAAUCAAAAGGGGCUGAAUAAUAUCUGAUUAAAGUCAUACAGAACAAUGAUUUGUCUGAAAUUUAAAAUCUAUUGGAUGAAGCUGAAAGCAUCAACAUUUACACUAUCACUGAUCAUAAGAAAUACACUCUCCUACAUUUAGCCGCUUAUAACAACAACUUGGAUACUGUUAAGUAUUUAUAUAAUAUCAUAUCAACCCAAGGUUAUUGAUAAAUCAUGUCAAAAAGUAACACAAGCACAAAUGUGUGUCAAUCCUCACAGAAUGGGUUAAUCAAUAAACAGAGGAUGGGUUCGUGGCCUUUCAUUUUGCAGCCUACAGAGGAAACAUCGAGAUGAUUUUAGAAUUUGAAAAAUGUGGAGCUAAUCUAUAUAUUCGAAAUGCUUAAGGAAUGAAUGGGUUACAUCUGGCUGCUCAAGGAGAUCAGCCAAAAUCAGUUGUCUACUUCAAGAAAAUUGGUUUCGAUUUUGCCCUAAGGGAUUCUAAAGGAGGGACAGCCUUACAUUGGGCAGCCUACUAUGGAUGUGAAUUGGCAGUCAAUUAUAUAAUAUCCUUCACAGAUCAAUUAUUAGACGUCAAGGAUGCAGAGGGUUUGACUGCGCUACAUCUAGCAACUAUGAGUGGAAAUACUAGAAUAGUUAAGAAAUUAUUGUUAUCUGGAGCCAAUAGAGGCAUUAAAAAUAAUGAAGGCUAAACUGCUGCUGAAAUUGCUUAGGCCAAUUCAUUUACCUAAGUUUACAAAAUGCUGACUGAAUCCCAAAACUUUUUGGUCACUUAUUUCAGCAUCAGCCAAGGAUUCUAGAAAGUCAAUAGAAGUAAGGAUAAGAUGUUUAAAUUUAUUGCCAUGCUAGUUUACUGCUAAGGAAUUACCAUUUACUAUCAGUUUCAUUCAGAUGAAUCAAGUCAAUAUCUUUAUUACUAUGGAGCUUUUCAACUUUUAAUUUGGUUUUUCUUUGUCCUUGUUUGGCUCAGUGAUCCUGGCAAGCAAGUCAAGAAGUAAGACAAAAUUGAAUAAGAACUUCUUAAAAGUCUGUAUGAGAUAUUACAGAGGUAUGAUGCAAAAGACAUAUGUCCUGAGUGUGUUUGUGUUAAGGCUCCGAGAGCUAAACAUUGUGAUAUUUGCAAAUCUUGCGUAUUAGUAUAUGAUCAUCAUUGUCCUUGGGUUGAUAAUUGCGUAAUAAUUAAUACUAUUAAUAAGAUAGGAUCAAACAACCAUUUUUAGUUUUAUGUAUUUGUGUGGCUCCUUUGUUUGGAUAUCACUUUCACUUUAGCCCUCUAGUUUUAUUUUAUGAUUCAAGAAUUUCAAGAUGAUGGCAUAGACGUAUUCAUAAUCCUUUUCAUACUUUCUCUGUUUUCCAUCCUCAUAAUGCUCUUGUUUCUCUUCCCUCUUUGGUUUCUAUUAUACAUUUAAACAAUAAAUUUAUUAACAGGAUAAACGACAUAUGAGAAGUAAACUUUAUCAUUUAUGAUCAUAGGUAUUCUUAGUCAUUGAAGAACUCCAAGAGUGAGUCCACUGCUUCUGUAUCUUGCAAUAAUUGCCUCUAGAUGUGUUGCUAUAAUAAAAUAGACAGUUCAAAGAAAAAGAAAUAAAAUCUGUAGUCUAUGUAGUUGUUUGACUCAAAUUAAAAAUAAUGACUUUUAAUUAAUUAAUUUA